UAGUUUUAAGAACGUAUGACGCACCGGCGCAUCCACGUACAACGCAGCGUGCAAAUCGAAAUCGGGAGCGCGCAAACACACUUUCCCGCCUUUACUCAUCCGGAGCGCUGAAUUGCGAACCCGUACGCGACAAAAAAGCAGUAAAGUCAUAACGACCUCCGUGAUAUGCUCAACAUCACUGGCCCCAGCAGCUACCCCAUAUCCCUGCUUUUUAUUUACCCUGCAUCCGGAGUUGGAGCGUGUUGAUAAAUGACGAGAGGGCGUCCAGGGACUCUAUCCGUUAAGGACCGGGCCGCGCGAUUUAUGACGGCGCGCUCGCAGACUUCACCAUGAUUAAUAUGGCUCCUCCGUCCACCGCAGCUGAUCGGGCGCAGUCGGGCUGUUUGGACAGGCAGAUAACAUCAAAGCGGCCUGCUGCUAGUGUUAAGAAAAUACUGCAUUCUGGGUCAGCGCAAAUGAAUCCACAAGGAGCCCGAAACUGUUUUUAAUGACAGUUCCAUCUAUAUAUUAUCACUUGUGCGCAGAUCGGAACGGAGAAGGUAUUUGCAAUCCCCUGGGAUCGAACCCACAACCUUGUUAACGCAAUGCUCUUACCACUGAGCUACAGGAAAGGUAAAAGUCUGGCCAGAGGUGAUAGAACCUGUGUUUGAUCUCACCAUGUUGGUCAGGAGAGCAACUAUAGACUGAGGCCACGCUGUCAAUGUUAGUGAUGGGAAUGAGGUUCUUCUCAGGUUUGUAGGAUCUCCACCCCCUACUGAAGACACUGUGAGCACUGCAGGUUGGAUGAGCAAAUGGAGUUUUGGAGAUUGAUGGUGCAGUCGGCGAGAUCAGACGGGAGGAGAGAAAACACCCACUGGUCUAUGGAAAUGCAGGAUCUAGCUAGUCCACACAGCCGAGUAAGUGGAAGCAGUGAGUCCCCCAACGGUCCCAACAUCGACAACUCGCAUAUAAAUAACAAUUCCAUGACACCAAAUGGCACUGAAGGUGAUAACAUCACUAUGCUUACCACAGCUGACUGGUUGUUAAGUUCUAGUUCACAGUCCGCUGCAGUUAAAACAGAGCCAAUGAGCAGCGCCGAAAUCACCACCUCUGUAGCAGACGGCUCCCUAGACAGCUUCUCAGGAUCAGCCAUUGGAAGCAGUGGCUUCAGCCCAAGACAAACUCACCAGUUCUCUCCCCAGAUUUACCCUUCCAACAGACCUUAUCCACACAUUCUUCCAACUCCUUCCGCCCAAAAUAUGGCCGCGUACGGACAGACGCAAUACACCACAGGAAUGCAGCAAGCUGCUGCCUAUGGCUCGUACCCUCAGCCAGGACAGCCCUAUGGAAUUCCAGCCUAUGGUAACUGCAGUCCAUUGUGGGCAGGCAUCAAGACAGAGAGUGGACUGAACCAGGCCCAGUCUCCAGGCCAGAGCAGCUUCCUCAGCUACAGCUCCGGUUUCUCCACACCUCAGACGGGACAAGCGCCCUACAGUUACCAGAUGCAAGGUGGCAGUUUUACAACAACUUCAGGGCUUUACACUGGAAGCAAUUCCCUCACAAAUUCGACCGGAUUCAACAGUACACAACAGGACUACCCCUCCUAUCCCGCUUUUGGCCAGAGUCAGUACGCACAGUAUUACAACAAUAGCCCAUACACCUCUCCGUAUAUGACCAGUAACAACACUAGCCCCACCACGCCGUCCACCACGGCUACCUACACCUUACAGGAACCUUCAUCAGGCAUCACCAGCCAGGCCCUUUCAGAGCAACCUGCGGGAGAGUACAGUACAAUCCACAGUCCAUCAACCCCCAUUAAAGAUUCAGAUUCGGAUCGAUUGCGUCGGGCCUCGGAUGGAAAGUCACGUGGCAGGGGGAGAAGGAACAAUAACCCAUCCCCUCCUCCCGACUCUGACCUUGAGCGCGUGUUCAUUUGGGAUUUGGAUGAAACAAUCAUCGUUUUCCAUUCCUUGCUCACUGGGUCUUACGCCAACAGAUUCGGAAGGGAUCCACCAACGUCGGUUUCAUUGGGACUGCGAAUGGAAGAGAUGAUCUUCAACUUGGCUGACACCCAUUUCUUCUUCAACGACUUAGAAGAGUGUGAUCAAGUCCAUAUCGACGACGUGUCGUCGGACGACAACGGCCAGGAUCUGAGUACGUAUAAUUUUAGCACGGAUGGAUUCCACGCUGCUGCUACGAGUGCCAACCUGUGUCUGGCCACUGGCGUACGAGGAGGCGUGGACUGGAUGAGAAAGCUGGCGUUCCGCUACAGAAGAGUAAAAGAAAUUUACACCACCUAUAAAAAUAACGUCGGAGGUCUGCUUGGCCCGGCCAAAAGGGAAGCCUGGUUGCAAUUGCGAGCAGAAAUUGAAGCCCUGACGGACUCCUGGUUAACACUGGCACUGAAAGCUCUAACAUUAAUUCACUCGAGGUCAAACUGCGUAAACAUUUUGGUGACCACAACACAGCUCAUACCUGCGCUGGCAAAGGUUCUCCUCUACGGACUGGGGGUCGUGUUCCCAAUCGAAAACAUCUACAGCGCCACAAAAAUAGGAAAAGAGAGCUGCUUCGAGAGAGUAAUUCAGAGGUUUGGGAGGAAAGUUGUUUAUGUGGUGGUGGGCGAUGGCGUGGAGGAGGAACAAGGGUCGAAAAAGCACAAUAUGCCUUUCUGGAGGAUAUCUAGUCAUUCUGACCUCAUGGCCCUGCACCACGCUCUGGACCUGGAGUACUUGUAGCAUCCCCCUUUUGCUCUUCGGCCCCGCUGUUGUGUUCCACGCUGGGCACGGGCCCCGAAGACCCAAACCCAUCAUCAGCAAAGCCAGCCGGCUGCAUCUACCAAGUGUCUGCGUCCCAAUAGUAGCAGACCCCAAAAAAUCCUUGACACACAUAGAGAGAGCAGAACCUGAGUGACACGCUCAGCGUGUUGACACAUGGCCGCAAUUCGUCUUAACCCUAAACCUUUUUCGAAGCAGAGGAGAGUGAAUUUAUGGCGCCGCAGCUGCUGGCCCUGGUUACUGUGAAUUGGCUUUUUUUUUCGAAAGCCAUCAAAAUGUUUUACAGCCCUGUCUGUGCGGAGGACUCGGCAAGGGUUCACACCUGUGACGAAACUGAGCUACCGACGCCUUCAGAACAUAGCAGGACUCCGAUCCCACUGCAACUUGGUGUAAUCUUCCUCCCCGUUUGGUGCCCCCUUCGUCGAUCUCAACCAAUGGUACAAAGACAAUAGGGUGUGGCCUCCUCGGUUCGCCAUCCCCGAUUUGUUAACCUUUGCUCUGGAUGUCCUGCGCUUCUUAUUUAUGAUCUGAAACUUCGUGGAGUGGCACUGGCCCUAAAAAGGCGCUUUGUUUGAGUGACUCGUGCCUUUUCGCAUCACGACGUACUUUGAUUCCACUUCAAGAGGAAAAAUGGAUUUUCUAGUAAUUUAAGGAAAAUUUUAACAAAACGUUAUUUACAUUGCAAAGACAAUCGUGUACAGAAGACAUUUUUUGCGUGUAAAUUUGUAAUCACUGGACUAUUCCUUCCUAUAUUGAUUAAGGUACAUGCUGUGGAAAGGUGGCAAUGUUUUUAUUUCAUGGAAGUACGUAAAGGCGUUUGCGUGCAGUAACUUGCGCAAACCCUCAAAAAUGUUGACGUGUUUAAGGUUUCAUUCAAUAAAUAAAUGUAGAUAAGGAUUUUUUUGUGAUAAUUGUUUUGUCAUGACCAAAAGCAUGGAUGUCAAGUGUCAAUGAUUUCGUAUUUCCUUCAUUGAUGUUUUUUUCUUUGUAAGCUUCUGCUCUUCAAAGUUGGCGAGACUUUUCUCCACAAUGAAAUGUGACACUUUUUUUUGGUUGGGAUUUCAUAUAGGGCAGUUUUCUAGAAUGUUCACAGUCUGGGAAGAAUUAUUUAAGUCCCUAGGGUAUCUCGAACGAAACUCCAAGAAGAACAUCACGGAUUGCAUAAGCAGCUUAUUAAUAAAUACUUGUUAAGAACUUAAUCCUAUGAAUGUCAAACUGAGUGUAAAUGUCUGUAUUCCCACUGCUUUGGAGCUGGAUGUUAAACCCGGACGUCCAGGCAUUCAAAACAAGCUCAAAUUAGGGUUUAUUAUCUUUUGUACCAGCGCUACAACGGAAACUCUUGUACAGCAAGUGUAUUUUGUAUGAAGUAGUCUUUUUAUUUUGACUUUAAAAUGUGUCUACUUGAAAAUCGCUGUAGUUGGAUUUUCGAUAUGCAUAUUGAUAGUUCUUAGUUGACUGUGGACUGAGAAACUCUAGCUCUGGACUUUAAGAAAGCAAGCCACUAUUCACUCACACGGGCACACAUGUGCGCACACACACGAUUGAGUUGAGAACAUACAUGUGCUAUCGACUGUGAAUUUCCCCAGCUAACUCAAUCUGUUUUUAAUUUUCCCUCCCAGCACAUGAUGUUGCUUGGCUCCUGCAGGUGAGGUCUUCUUCUGUCGCUUACUUUUUUUUUCUCACCACAUUUACAAUUUCACCCCUCUUAUUGCACCCCCAACCCUGCCACCCCCCAUAUCGGGGAAUCACAUUUUGCUGCUAGAUCACGGUAACAGUAGACAUGGGAAAUGUUUUGUAGAUUCGACACGGCGAGAUUUUUUUAAUGUUGCAAUCAUAAUGCAAACUGGAAAUAAUUUACAAUAUGUGGGCCUCAUUGUGAAACGCAGUUUGUUGUGUCUGCAAAAAAGAUGUGUACAGAUGUUUUGGACAUUAUUAUUUGAUU